AUGACGACACCCUUUGAAAUUCCGUUCUAUGCAUCUCACUUGCCAUGUCCUCUUCCCACGAACGCCGAAAUCGAGAAUGCUCUAGAUAUCACUCUGGCAUAUGACGGGCGAAGAGUUGUUGGUGUGGGCCAGCACUUCGUUGUGAAAUUUGGGGUAUACGUCAACCUCAUGGAGGGAGAAAAUAUGUUGUUUGUUCGAGAGAAUACAAAUAUCCCUGUACCUCGGGUUUUCGCUCUCUAUUCGCACCCAAGCACUGGCAAAAACUACAUUGUCAUGGAGCGCAUUAUCGGUCAAUCGCUUCUUUCAGCAUGGCCGCAAAUUACAACAUCGGAUAAAGAGCGCGCUCUGAGCGAACUGCGGAGAUAUUUUGACGAGUUGCGCCACCUUCCAUCCCCAGGCUACUUUGGCAGUUUCGGUAGUAGACCGCUUCUGGAUGACAUAUUUUGGACCAAAGACCCAGAUCCGUUGGUGAAUGGCCCAUUUAACUCUGAAAAAGAUCUCAAUGAGGCCAUGAUACGGAAGUACAUCUACAACAAUAACCCUCCUAUCAGAGCGGAAUAUCUCCGGAAAUGUUUGCCUUUCGUUUUCAAGGACCACGAAGCAGUGUUCACUCACGGUGACCUGCAACGUAAAAAUAUCAUGAUCCGCGAGAAAGAUAAUCAAAGCAACGAAGCAGCAAGCUUGGUCAUAAUUGAUUGGGAAAAAUCUGGGUGGUAUCCUCAGUACUGGGAAUAUUGCCUGGCUGUUUGCGCUUUGCGAUUCGAUGACGACUGGCCCCUUUGCAUUGACAGUUUUCUAACGCCUUUCAUCUCAGAGUCUGCAUGGAUACAAUCAUUGCGCUUGGAAUUAUGGUCAUAG